AUGGUGGGAGAAUUUACACUGGGUCUGCCUCUCAACCUGUCCGUUCUCUACAUCUUCAUCUUCAGAUACAAGUUCUGGAAGAACAAAGCGAUCUUCUUGUUCAAUAUUGUGGUUGCUGAUUUCUUGCUGGUGGGCUGCCUUCCUUUCAAGAUCCAUCAUUACCAGCACAACUUGAGGCGCAGUGAGGACACUGUGCUUUGUAAGAUAAUGCUCUUCAUGCUGUUUCUCAAUCGAGGAGCCAGCAUCGCCUUCCUCAUCACAAUGUCCCUCGAUCGCUACUUCAAUGUGGUCCAUCUUGGAAGGAGAAAUUUUGUCAACGUGUUUAAGAAAUCUCCUCAGAUUUCUGUCGUCAUCUGGAUCCUCUUGCUUCCCCUCACCACUCCUACUAUGGUCACAACCUUUGAGUGCUGCAACAGCCACGGACGGGAAAAGGAGACAUUCUUACAUGAUGUGACGGACACCUUUAGAGAGAUUGUUUUCUUCUCCCAAAUCAUCAUCCCCUACAUCAUCCUCGUCUACUGCACGGUCCGCAUUGUCAGCCGGCUGAGGAAGAAGACGGUUGGGGAGAAGACUAAGCUGAGGAGGGCUGUGUGCUUAGUCACAUCUGUUGUCGUUGUCUUCUCCUUCUGCUUCCUUCCCUGCACUAUAACUAGAGCAGCACUGCUGUUUGUGCGGCUGAAGAACUGGCAGGAUGCAGAAAACAUAGCUGUCCAGGUGUACGACGCCCUCAUGGUUUUGUCUUACAGCGACUGCCUGCUGGACCCGUUGAUUUACUGUUUCUGUAACUCAGGGUUUAAAGAUGUUUACAUAUCUACCUUUUGCCCUGCAUUUAUCCAGAAGAGACUGACAAAUUCUGACUCUGGCACCCCAAACACAACAACAUGUACUAGUACUACUACUGCUGGCGCUAGAAUGAUUUUUUUGCCUAUAAUGGAGAAAUAA